UUCUCCCCGAGGCACGUGACUCCUCUCCGCCAGACCACCGCCGCGCCGCCAUCAUGGACACGAGCCGUGUGCAGCCCAUCAAGCUCGCCAGGGUUACCAAGGUUCUGGGCAGGACAGGUUCGCAGGGACAGUGCACGCAGGUGCGGGUAGAAUUCAUGGACGAUACGAGUCGUUCCAUCAUCCGAAACGUAAAAGGCCCUGUUCGUGAGGGUGAUGUGCUCACCCUUUUGGAGUCAGAGCGAGAGGCUCGGAGGCUGCGCUGAAGUUGUGGCUGGGUCCUGGAUAUCUGGAUCGACCAUUUGGCCCAUCAUGAUCUGCCGUUAAUAAAGUGUUUAUAUUGUAUGUAAA